CGGCAGCCAAAAAGAAAAAGAAAAGAACAGCAAAAAAUUCGAUCAGAAACUGGCUACUGAAGUAACUGAACCAAGAAGAAAAGCAUCUUACCUUGCGUCUUUCGCUUUUGCACUCCUCGAUUUUGAAUCUCUCUCUCUCUCUCUUUCUCACCCAUGGCUACGACAGCGAGAAGGCGCCGCACCGCUACGACGGACGAUGGAUUGCAAGAAUCUUCUUCCUCGCAGUCAGCAUACUCGAAGCUCGACAAACCGGGGCAGCCACCAUCCACGGAGUCCGGUUUUGGUUGGAAGCUACCCCUCAUCACACUCUUGGCGUUCAGGUACAUGAGCGCCACCUCCAACAUAAUCCAUGAUUGCGAUGAGGUAUUCAAUUACUGGGAGCCCCUGCACUACAUUCUCUACAAAUCCGGAUUCCAGACGUGGGAAUACAGUGCUAACUUUGCCCUUCGAUCAUAUCUCUACAUUCUCUUGCAUGCUUUGGUGGGUGGUCCAGCAUCUUGGUUGUUUGGAGAGGAAAAGGUUAGAGUGUUUUAUGCUGUAAGGCUGCUAUUGGGUUCCAUGUCAGCAAUUUCUGAGACAGUUUUGGUGGUAGCCCUUUCUAAGAAAUAUGGAAGAAGGAUGGGUUCAUACACACUUGCAAUGUUAUGCUUGACUAGUGGUUGUUGGUUUGCUAGCACGAGUUUCUUGCCAAGCUCUUUUUCCAUGUAUACCAUAACGCUUGCAUCAGCACUAUUCCUUCUUGAGAGACAUGCUUUGGCAGUCUCAGUAGCAGCUGCUGGUGUGCUCCUUGGUUGGCCAUUUUCAAUUCUUGCUGUUUUGCCAGUGACUGUCUACUCAUUGCUGGCUGGGAAGCUCAAGCAAGUCUUUCUUUCAGGAGUAGUAACCACUGUUGGUGUUAUGGGGCUCUCAGUGAUUAUUGAUUAUUUCUACUACAAAAGGUGGACAUCAUCUGUACUCAAUCUUCUGAUAUAUAAUGUGUUAGGGGGUGGACAAAGCCAUUUAUAUGGAACUGAAGGAUCACUUUUCUAUCUGAGGAAUGGGUUCAAUAAUUUCAAUUUUUGUUUCAUUUUUGCACUACUCUUUGUGCUGAUUCUCCCAAUAAAAAAGGAACAAUAUGCUCCACAUCUGUUGAUUGUUGUCUCGCCUAUUUAUAUAUGGUUGGCAUUUAUGUCCCUGCAGCCCCAUAAAGAAGAAAGGUUCUUAUAUCCUAUAUACCCCUUGAUCUGUGUAAGUGCAGCAGCUGUCAUUGACAGCUUUCCGGAUUUCUUUCGUGACAAGUAUAUGCCAAAUGAUGACUCUGUAAGCAUCUUGAUGGCCAAAAUUCUCAGGCCUGUUGUCCUUGGUCUUAUUUUGUGUGCCUCUCAUGGUCGGACAUUCUCUUUGAUAAAUGGAUAUUCUGCACCUUUAACAAUUUACAAGCAUUUAGGAUAUCAUGAUGAUGCUGGCGCAGGCUCUGUUCUUUGUGUUGGAAGCGAGUGGCAUCGAUUCCCUUCUUCCUUCUUCAUUCCUUCAUAUAUAGGCGAGGUUAGAUGGAUUGAUGAUGGCUUUAGAGGACUCCUUCCAUUUCCAUUCAAUGCAACAUUGGGGGGAACUGCUGCAGCACCACCUUACUUCAAUGACAAAAACAGGGCUUCUGAUGAGCAAUAUCUAAGAAACAUUGAAGCUUGUACUUUCCUGAUUGAGCUAGAUCUGAGGCGAGCAUACCCCACUCGUGGGAGUGACUUGUCAACAUGGGAGAUAGUUGCUGCUCUGCCGUAUCUGGACAGAGAGUUAUCGCCUGCCAAGUAUAGAGCCUUCUUCAUUCCAUACCUUUGGCAGCAGAACAACGUGUUUGGCUUGUACAAGCUGCUAAAGAGGAUACCCACGUAGUGGAGAAGACGAGGAUUGGCUGAAGGCAAUCCUAGCUGUUUUGAUAGAAAAGUUGGAAGAUACUUCUUUAGGUCUUAUGCUUUUAGGCUUUUAGCUGCUUAUCUCUUUAUGAAAAUUUAGGAGACGCUAGUGAAUAUGCAUAUCAAUUUUGUACUCGGUUGUGAUGGUUUUAGUAACAUUAUGUAUUCCCUUACCUUGUUCUCAGCGUGGUCAGCAACAUAAUGUAUUUUGUUCACUUUCUUUUAAAGUGUGGUUGCUUUCCAACGAAAAGUAGAAAAAAGUGUUUUUGUC